ACGGGCUGACUGAGAGAACCCUGCGGAAUUGUCCAGAGAAGAGAGAGAAAGAGAGCUCGGACUAGGAUUCGAGUUUCCGUCGAUACGAACCCAGACUCACCUUCCAAGAAACCACCAGUAGCUUCACUAGUUUUCUCCAUCUCCUAAGGAAUGCGUUGGAUCAUUUGCUGAAUAUCUCGUGGAAGAUGUUCUUACAAGAAUGGCCUGAGCAGGGAGAUGAGAUCUGCAAAGUUGACAAGGACUUUGAGACAUACUACCUGCCCAUCAUUUACAUCAUCGUCUUUGUCACCGGCCUCAUCGGCAACAGUGUUGCCCUCUGGAUGUUCAUAUUCCACAUGCGACCUUGGAGCAGCAUCACCAUCUACAUGUUCAACCUCGUCCUGGCCGAUCUCUUCUACAUCUUCUCCCUGCCCAUUCUGACCUUUUACUAUCUCAAGGCAAGUGACUGGAUCUUUGGUGAGGUCCUGUGCAAGCUGCAGCGGUUUAUAUUCCACGUCAACUUGUACAGUGGCAUCUUGUUCCUCACCUGCAUCAGUGUCCAUAGAUACACCGGGGUUGUCCAUCCCAUAAAGUCACUGGGCAAGCUGAACAAGAGGUUGUCCACCAUUGUUUGUGUGUGUGUGUGGAUUGUCGUGAUGGCAGGCAUCUCCCCAAUACUCUACUUCUCUAGAACACACCUGCGCACCAAUUCCACGCCACAACAAGAUGCUAAUCGUACCAUUUGUUAUGACACGACGUCAGAGGAACUCCUUCACAUAUACUUCAUCUACACUACGAGUACCACCAUCUUUGGAUUCUGUGUCCCCUUCGCCACCAUCCUGGUCUGUUAUGGUUUCACAGUGAAGGCGCUGAUACGUAACAAGAUGCAUUCUCCCUCCCGGAGCAGGUCCGUGCGUUUGGUCAUCAUUGUGUUGCUGGUCUUUGCCAUCUCCUACCUGCCCUUCCACGUGAUGAAGAAUCUAAACCUUCAGUCCAGACUUUAUUACCAAAGGAAAGACACGUGUGCGUGGAAUAAAAUGGUGUAUGCCAUGUACCAAGUGACCAGGGGUCUUGCCAGUCUCAAUAGCUGCAUGGACCCCAUCCUGUACUUUCUGGCUGGUGACAACUUCAGGAAAAGAUUUUCUAAUGCAGCUUUUAGAAUGACCAUUCGGAAUGAGAACAUUGUGUAGGAAUUUUCUGGACAUGAUAGUUCAGUCAUAGGAUGUAGGUGAACCUACAACCAGCACUUAUACCCAGUGGCAACUUUCGUACGUUCACCUGUACACUGUUCAUUAAUGCAAAUAUCUAAUCAGACAAUUAUGUGGCAGCAAAUCAAAGCAUUAAAGCAUGCAGACACGGUCAAGAGGUUCAGUUGUUGUUCAGACCAAACAUCAGAAUGAGGAAGAAAUGUGAUCUAGAUGAUCCACUUCAAGGUUUGAUGUGGUGUGUGUUCUGAGAUGCUCUUCUGCACACCACUGUUGUAACGCAUAUCAACUUGAACCAUUCUAGCCAUUCUCCUCUGACCUCUGUCAGAAAGAAGUUUUUAUCCACAGAACCGUCACUCACUGGAUUUUUUUUAAAUUUCUCGCACCAUUCUCUGUGAACCUUUCUGUGAAGUUGCUAUUUCUAAGGAUAAGGUUCUUGGGAAAUGGAAAGGGUUGAAGGUAUGUCACCUGGGCCAGAUGGUAUAUACCCUGGGUUUCUGAAAGUGGUGGCUGAAAAAAUCGUGGAGGCCUUAUCAAUGAUUUUUCAAUUGAUUCUGGAAUGGUUCCAGAGGAAUGGAAAAUUGCAAAUGUCACUUCACGAAGGGAGGAAGGCAGAAGAAAGGAAAUAAUAGGCCAGUUAGUGAUGGUGGAGUUGAUUGCAAAGCAUGUGGUGUGGGGUACUUAGAGGCAUAUGAUAAAAUAGCCUGUAGUCAGCAUGGUUUCCUUAAGGGAAAAUCUUGCAUGACAAAUCUGUUGGAAUUUUUUAAAGAAAUAGCAAACAAGACAAAGGAGAAUCAGUGAACGUUGUUUACUUGGAUUUUCAAGGGCAUUUGACAAAUUGCUACACACGAGGCUGCUUGCCAGGUUAAGAGUCCAUAGUAUAACCGGAAGUAUACUACUAUGGAUAAAGCAUUGUCUGAUUGGUAGGAGGCAAAGAGUGAGAAUAAAGAGAGCUUUUUCUGAGUUGGCUGCCAGUGACCACUGGUGUUCCAUAGGGUCUGUGUUGGGACCGACUUUUUACAUUAUAUGUCAAUGAUUUGGAUGACAGAAUUGAUGGAUUUGUGGCUAAAUUUGAAGACGAUACGAAGAUAGGUGGAGGAGUAGGUAGUUUUGAGGAAGUAGAGAAGCUACAGAAGAAUGUAGACAGAUUAGGAGAAAGAGCAAAAAAAGCAGCAGAUGGAAUACAGUAUCAGGAAGUGUACAGUCAUGUACUUUGGUAGAAUAAAUAAAUGCAUAGAUUAUUUUACAAAUGCAGAGAAAAGUCAAAUAUCUGAAGUGUGAAGGGACUUGGAAGUUUCUGUGCAGGAUUCUCUAAAGAUUAAUUUGGUUGAGUUGGUGGUGAGGAAAGUAAAUACGAUGUUAGUAUUCAUUUUGAGAGGUUCAGAAUAUGAAAUGGAGGAUGUAAUGUUGAGGCUUUACAAAGCACUGCUGAGGCCUCAUUUGGAGUAUUGUGAGCAGUUUUGGGCCCCUUAUCUAAGAAAGGACGUGCUGACAUUGGGGAGGGUUCAAAGGAACUUUAUGAAAAUGAUUCAGGGAUUGAAUGGCUUGUCAGAUGAGGAGCAUUUGAUGAAUCUGGGCCACUAUUCACUGGAAUUCAGAAGAAUGAAGGGUGACGUCAUUGAAACUUACCGAAUGGUGAAAGGCCGUGAUAGUGGAUAUGGAGAGGAUGUUUCCUAUAGUAAGGGAGUUUAAGACCAGAGGACGCAGCCUCAGAACAGAGGGGUGUCUCUUUAGAAUGGAGAUGAGGAGGAAUUUCUUUAGCCAGAGUAGUGAAUCUGUGGAGGCCAAUUCUUUGUGUAUAUUUAAGGCAGAGGUUGAUAGAUUCCUGAUUGGUCAGAGCAUGAAAGGAUACAAGGAGGAGGCAGGAGAUUGGGGCUGAGAGAGGAAGAGUGGAUCAGCCAUGAUGAAAUGGCAGAUCAGACUUGAUGGGCCAAAUUGCCUAAUUCUGCUCCUGGUCUUAUGGUCUAGACUCUAGAAGCUGGUGUGCAUGAAAAACCAAGGAGGUCAGCAGUUUCUGAGAUACUCAACCCACCCUGUCUGGCACCAUCAAUCAUUCUACUGUCAAAGUCACUUAGUUCACAUUUCUUCCCCAUCGAUGCUAUGUGUCAGUUAACUGAAUGGAUUGCUACGGUGGAGACUGGUUACUGAUUGGAACUCCAUUGGAACCAGCUUCCUGUGUUCCACUUUCUAUCUGGUUACUGUUCUGGUGGCACAUAGUUACUACAUUGUGUUCCAGUAAAGGAUGCUUGUUAAUGAUCUAUUUAUCACACAUGGAACCUAAUUGCACAACUUUGUCCAUGGUUACCGCUCAGCACUUCAUAGUCUAACUUUUCCGCAGCACAAGGGUGUCAGGUCACACCACAACUUUAAGGUUGAGCAAGCACAUAGAUAACCGCAGACAGAAUGAAGAACUAAUGGUGUCUCUAAGCAAAUUGCACUCUCAAAACGAUAUUACUUUUCAGAUACCGUAAAGAAUUAUAGUUCCUCAGAGUAGUACGGUUAAAAGCAGGCAGGUAGCACCACAGAGGUCUCAGCUGCAUGGGGGAUUUUGUUGUCAAGGGGCCUGCGGAGAAGAGUGAUCAUAUCAUGAUGGAAUUUUACUCUGAAUGUGAAACCAAUGUAGUUCAAAACAAAACCAUUGACUAGAAUCCCAAAAUAAA